AGCCACAGCACAGCGAUAUCUAAUCAAAACAAAUAAUGCCAACGUCCCCAUGGCGGUGGGCUUGAUUCAUUAAUUUAGUUAUAUUUCCCGAGGCAAGCGGUCGUCUGUCUGUCUGUCUGUCUGGCUGCUCGUAAUGAGAAUACUUGCAGAAAAGUGAAUUUAAUAAAUACAAAAAAAAAGUGCAUUUAAAAGAACAGUUUUGUGCAUUCUAAAAAAUAGUUGCGCUGCUCUGAUCCGAGAUUUGGAUACGAUAACAGAAAACAGAAGGAUAGGAAAUAUAAUACAACAAAAAUACAACGAUGAAGCACAAAUUUCUGCUGUUGCUACUUACUUGGACAGCGUUACUCCUGACAUUCGCCCAUGGGCAGCACGAGGACAUUCCCUACCAGGCAGUGACGAACAUCUGCCAGACAUGCGUGUGCCUGAGCAACCAGGACAGCAAUCAUCGCCUCCACCAGACCCUCAACUGCGACAUGAAGAACUUUGAGCACAUCCUGCCCCGUUGGCCCACCGAAUUUGGCACCCAGUCGACGGGCACGGAGAUUGUGGCCACGUACUCGGGCAAUCGCAUCCGACUGCUGCAGCAGCUGCCAGCGACGAAUGCGACGCUGACGCUGUCCUGUCGCCACUGCGGCCUGCAGCAGCUGCAGGCGCCACUCUUCAUGGAUGUGCCCAACGUAGAGGCGCUCUAUCUGAGCUGGAACGAGAUCGCCGAGGAUGCGCUGACGCCGGAGCUGUUCCGCGGUCCCUUCAAGAGCACCAAGUACGAGCCGAUUGGCCUCAAGGAUCUGGAUCUAAGCCACAACCGCAUCACGCUGCUGUAUCGCAAACUCUUCGAGCACACCCCGCAGCUGCUCAAGCUGAACCUGGCCUACAAUCGACUGAGCGUGCUGGACGCUGCCACCACAGCGGCACUGGGCUCGGUGACGACGCUGCAGCGCCUGGAUCUGGCGCACAACGGACUGAUGAGUCUGCCCAGCGAGCUGUUCGCCCAGCUAGGCAGCCUGCGCGUUCUGGAUGUGUCCGGCAACGAGUUCACCGUGGUCCCGCCCAGCAUCCAGCAGCUGGGCAAGUCUCUGGUGCAGCUGAAUCUGGCGGGAAAUCCGUUCGCCAGCCUGAAUGCGACGAGUUUCCAAAAGCUGGAGGCACUGCGUCGGCUCAAUAUCAGCGAUCUGCCCAACUUGCGCACCAUUGGCCGGGGCGCCCUGGCUCUGCCGGCACUGGAGCAGCUCGAGUGCGCCAGAAAUCCCAAGCUGGAGCUGCUGGAGCUAAACGAUUUGCUUGCCAGCCGCGGUCUGUCGCAGCUGGACAUCUCCCACAACGCACUGAACUCUCUCACGCUUAACGUGAGCAGCAGCAACAGCAGCAGCGGUGGGGCGGGAGCCUGGCCACGGCUGCGCAGUGUGGCCAUUGCGGGCAAUCCCUGGUACUGCAGCUGCGACCUGAUGCAGGCCCUCGAGCUGGUCGGAAUGCCGCGCGUCGAGCAGUCAGCCGGCGGAGCGGAGGCCCGCUGCGACACGCCCUAUCUGUUGGCUGGAGCUCCGCUCUCCAACCUGACGUCCCAGCACAUCUGCAGCAUGGUCAUACCGAAGAAGUAUCGCGCCGUGGACGAGGAACCACCGCGCUUCCUGCGACGCCGCUACGUCGUUCUCACCGCCAUCAUUGCCAGCGUGGUGGUGGUGCUCGGCCUGAUUAUUGGCUUCAUUGUUGUCUGCGUGCGACGCCGCCUCAAGGGCAGCGACUACGGGGUCCAGCCCAUACGCUACACCAGCGUAAGGGGCAGCAACCUGUCCGCCUUCUCGCAGCUGCAGCCCGCAUCGGUGGCCAGCAAGUUCAACAAUGCCGCCAGUGCCGGCACCACAGGUGCAGCCAAUGCCUGAGCCAAGUCCCGGAUGGGAUGAGCAUUAGUCAGGAUCCGGUUG